GUGAGCAUCCUUGCUGAAGGAGCAGUCAGCAGUUACAACUGCUCUUUUAUCAGCUGAUCUGCUGAUAAGGCAGCAGCACGUGUCUUGGCAUUGGCAGACUUGCAUUCAUCUCAGGAUGUUCUCUUCCUUUUUUGGAUGAUUGCUGUAAUCCAGCUGCCCCUCUAUAGAGUAUGCUCUUUGGUUGUUACUAUAUUGAGAAUGCCUCUGAUUGUAGCAGCUAAAUUUUAUCAGAAAAGAGAGGGAAAGCUCAUCAUUUGCACUGAUCUUUUGGAUUCAAGAGUAACAUUACUUUGUCUUGUCUUAGUGGAUGGUGGAAGGAGGAAGGAAGUCAAAGUAAGGAACUUGUGGCUGAGUUUGUUCACAAGCUGGUGGCCAAACUGUCGGGAGAGAAAUGUGGAAAUGGGUGUGUGCCUGGGUGUAGCAACCCUCUUUCACAAGGACACUCUUCAAAUUCCCUCCUCCCUUCUGCAUAAAAAACACACGCCAGUUUGCCUGGGCUUUGCUACCUGGAAGUAUGUGUGUCUAGAGGAUUUGAAAACAUUGCAGGAGUAUGAGGUCAUUAAAACUUGAACUCUUGUCUUUUUCAGUCAGAUGUAAUGUAGAAAUUCAUUUCUAAUGCCCUACUUGACAAGUGGCAGAAGCCCUCCACACUUCUUGGGCACUGUGGUUUCUGUUGUAUUUCCCUCUGAAUCAAAGGUUUCUCUGCUUCCUUGUCUAUCUAAUUUUGAAUCCCUCCAGUAUUGUUUGGGUUGUUUUUUUGUUUUAGCAACAACUAACCCCAAAUCAUGUUUUUUAAUUAUGUGAUUGCCAUAGAUUAGUCAUACAUCAGCUGAUCUAGUGUCAUUGAUGCAUGUGUUUUGUACACAUACAUGUGUGUGUGUGUGCAUGCAUGCACUCAGGUACUUGUGUGUGUCUUUCUCAGGCUGCUAUGAAUGGUGAAGCUCUCAGAAAACAUUUUAUAUUGCAGCUGACAUGUGAGUUGACAUUUUUGAUCCAAUAACUGGAAACAUUUAAUAUGUUUCCUUUCUAGAUACAGGGGGGAUAUGGUUGGCUGCUGUAUAUAUAAAAAUAGCAGAAUUCUAAAUUCAGAAAUAUUUAUUUUGAGAAUUUUAGCCAGAAACACUUUUUUGGUCAUUUUAAGUAGCUCAGCUUAACUUAGAGUCAGGAUUAUGAACUCUUGAUAAAAGCAAGGUUAAAUUAAGAAAGGAAAAAAACAACUUUAAGGAGGGAGAAAAAGAAGUAGCUGUUAUAGUUAAUAAAAACUGGCAGGUUUAAAUGUAUAUUGGAAAGCAGGUAGCAACAUACACAGAAUAAUACAGUCAGGGAAGACAGAUGAUUUGUCCUGACCCUGACAGUGACAUCUGCUCUCUGUUUUAGGUACUGGCUGAUGAGUUUAGCUGGUACAUUUUAUCUGUGUGACAUUGGUUGUGCGUGGAGCAUGAUGAGCAGCUGAGGCAGGCUGUGUUGGACUGUCCUGGGCAGUUAUCAGAAUUGAACAGAAACAGGAUGGGAAAGAAUAAGAGACUAAAAAGAUAAUGUUUGUGCACUUGAAAUACCCUGUUUCAUGGUAGGAGACUUCAUCCCCUAUGAACUACUGGGAUGUAGCCCAGGACCAGCAAGGUUCAUGUUAUCAGCAAGAAGUUGUAUUUUAAACAGCAAUUUUACAACCUGCUAGCUGCUGUUCAUUUUCAUCAAGUGUGAUGUUGUCAGCAAAGCAUCACAGCUGCUUCUGAGUAAAACACAGUAAGCAACUUGCAUAGCUCCUUAGGACAGGAGUUGAAAAAAACAUCUGUCUGAAUGAAAUUAAUGCAAGUCCAUCGUGGAGCUGAAUCUAAUGAAACCAAUGGGAAUUUGGUCAGAUUUCAGCCCCAAGUGAGUCUGGCUAACUCACAUUUUCAGGAAUUAUUUAUGCCACUGUUACCUUAAUCUUUUUGCCAUAUGGGAAGUUGGGGCUGCUUCCGAUUGCCUAAGUACUUUCUUUAGAAGCAAUCUGCCCACGUAAGUGACUCAGGUUUGCAGUGCUGGAUGGAGCUGCACUGAGAUGCUCCAAAGACAUGAAUGUCUGCCUGCCUGUGGAGGUUUAUACAAACCACACUGAAUGAGUGUAUGUGUGUGCUUGUUGCCACAGGAAAGGCUGAGUAAACAACUGCUCACUGCUUUGUCCUCAUUCUGCCAUGGAGGUUAGUCCACCACUAUCUUGCAGGGCCACAAAUGAAGCACAAAAAGUAAUGAAAGAAACCCUGUGCCUAAUGCAAUACAUUUCUUAUAAGGUAGAAAGUAACUUGGUUGUGCAGAUCUGCUUUGUUUCAGAAAGAGGCAAAUGCUGAAAUGUUCAAUAAGAUUCUUUUUCAUCGGUUGGUAAUGAAAUGUCAUUUGGAAGAAGAUUGGUCACUUUUUGAGGUGAAAUUGGAUGAAUUAAAAUAGUUCUUUUACUUAAAAUGUUUACAUUUAUAUAUAAGUAGUAAAUAGUCAAAAGCUAGUUUGUUUUUUAAUGUUGCUCUUUAUUUGCCUUUAAAAGAUACAUUAAUAAAUUAAAAGCACCUAGAAGUUGACAGAAGUAGCAAGACAUAAGCCCACAAGUACAAUACAACACAAUCUAAGAAGGUAAGCAAGAAUGUCCCCAGGAAAAGCUACAAGUGUUGUAAAUAAAGCUUUCAGAAUUGGCUGGUGACCAGAGAACAUCACAGCUGGGACAGCCUCACUCCGUGGUGUCAUUUUUCCUGCUGUUCAAGGGAUAGCUCAGGCUGGUGGAGUGUUCUCCUCUUGCAUCUGUUAUGCCCUGCUCAUCAAGGCAAGUUUCUAUCUUGCAAAGCAUCUCAAAAUGUCACACAGAGCAGGACAUCUCCCCCAUUUUUGGUGCCUGUGAAUUUAAUGAUUGUACCCAGAGCAGUGCUGCAUGUCUGCCAAACUCAGGAGGCACAAAGGCAACUUAACUGCCAUUUUUAGUUUGGGCACUUCCCACUUGAUUUGUACUCUGUCACAUGGAGUCUGUGAAAAUGACACUCAAAGAAAACGAGGGAAAGGGUUAGAAGCUGUUGGAAGCUCAGGAUGAUUACUGUUGAAAAUGUGGGAGCCACAGUUCGUGAGAAUUAUUGACUGUAUUGUUUUAUCACAAUGUUCAAAGCUAUCACCUGGGGUAACUAAAGUAAAAUAUGCAUUAUCUGUCUGUCUAGUUUUCUCCCUACCCCUCCCAAAUGUAAUAGGGCUACAUAGGUUGACUCCUGCCUGCUCAGAAGUCACGAUAAGAUUAUUAGACUAAAGAAAACUAUUUAAUUAAACCUACAGAGAUAGCCCAAACCCUCAAAUGACCUCAGUGAUUAAUGUAAAAGUACUAUAGUAACUACAGUCUGAGUAGCAGCAGCAGUCAUGCAGUCAGAUUACAUGCAGAGAAAGUAGUCAACAGCUGGAACUAUUACACCACAAAGGAGAUAUGAGAGAUGCUUUUUUCUUCUUUCUGUUUCUCAUUUCCUGCUUAAAGAAAUCCUGAUUCUGACUGAUUCCUUGUUCAGUCACUGGGUGAGAACCUCAGCUCUGUAGAUCAGUGUGGCAUCAGGGGGUCAUGACAGGUUAUGUCAAUGAAACAGCAGGUCUUAUGCCUGUAUAUUCAUUUUACUGAAGAAAUAUUAAUAAAGAGAAUAUAGAGGUUUCCCGAUUUUACAUGUUACAGAUAUCAAAUUAAUUGUUUCAUUAAAAGGUCUAGGAAUAGCUAGUUUAAAAAUUAAUUUACUUAAUGUUUCCAGCUGGGAUUUUCAAAAGAGCUUAGGGCACUUCAGUCUGCAAAUUGCACUGGAAGUCAGGGACAGACUUUGAUUUCCGAUUUCCUGAGGAUCCAUCAUAAAUCCCAUGUUUAGGAGUUCAUAGAGGGAAAAGCAGUCAGCAAUGGAAGAGGCCAAUAAGGAGUAAACAUUGAUAGGAAAGCCAUGCUAUUAAGUUUAUCAGGAAGGUUGAGUAGAGCCAAGAGGUUUAGUUUCCCUGGGCAGCCGCCAGUCCAAACUGACAUUUCCUCUCAUCUCUCAGCAUGUGGCCUUGUGCUUCAAAAAACUUCUUCCGGCCAAGUGUGCAAGCACAGGAGCCAUAAGGAGUUUCCACUGGAACCAAAACCUGAGGGGGAAGAGCACAAACACAAAGGUUAUGUUUGAGACAGGGAUAUGCCAGCAGAAAAUCCAGCUAUUCACCUCCUUAAUAAAAUCAUGCCCAGACCUUUUCUCCCUCUUAGGAACAUCAGUGGUAGAUGCUGACAUUAUCACAAGUAAAAGUGUAUCUGUAAUGUCCACCUGAAGGAGGUGAAGGGUAGGAGAGCACAGUAGCAGAAUCCCAAGACUUUGGAGGGAGACUAGAGCAUGAACAGACUAUAGACCGCCGAUGUCAAUGGAAUAACCCAAUUUUUCUCUUUCAUGUGAGGGUAACGUGACAGACUCAGCUGGACUUAGCUGGCAGCUAGAGCAGCUGUGGAGGGAGGAGCAAAUACACCUCACCCCCUACCUCUUGCCCUCUGCCUGAUCCCAGGCUUGUAUUUCAUCCACUGUUGGACCAAUCGAGGAUGCCACAGUGCAUUCUGCUUGGGUAAAGUGCAUGGGUUGACAUUAUAAUUGAGAGUGAAAUUCAGUGGAGAAAACAGGAAUAAUUUGUCAGAGACAAUCUCUGUUACAGAUCCCUUUGAUGUCCAGAGUAUUCCACUUGACCUUUAGCUUUUAUCAAUAACACAAAAAGACAAUUAUUUGUUCUCCUUUUGUAAUCAGUUUAAGUCUUUUUUUAGUGGUAAUGUGGAGCUUUUACUGGGACUGGGAGAAAGUUUGCUCACUUUAACUGUUUUAUGUAGAACUGCUGCUAUGCUUUGAGGCUGAGUAUUUCUAAAGAGGGCAGUCAAGUUGUAUUUGAAGCAUUUACUUACUUCUUUGUCAUUGGUCAAGCCUAGAUUCUUCAUGUCUACAAUAUUAUAAAAAGUGUUGUUCAAGACGACUUCUAUGACCUGUACCUGAAAUCAUGAAAAUGGAUGAGACAAUGAAUUAGGGCACCUUUUCAGUCAACAGCCUGGCAGGCUUUUCACUCUCUGUAAAAAAGAACAAUGCCACGCCCUGAGUACAGUUGAUCAAAUGCCAUCUAGUGAACAUGUGUGGCACACCUUUCACUUUUAUUCAAAUGCUGCCAAGAGCUGAGUGAUGUUCUCCCCCACUGUGUUCCCAGGCUGGGGAGUUUCCAGUCUUAGAACUGAUUAAUUCCAGUGGUGCAAUUAACAUUCACUAUUGUUGAAGUAAAACAUCAUUAGGAGGAAAGAAGAUACCUGUGGCACUCUGGAAAGCACAAGCAUCUGGAUAGAGUUGACAGUUUUCUGGUAAGAGGGUGAAUAUUCCCCACAGUCAGGUGGUCCAGCAAAGGCUUCAAGGAUACAUUCACGGAUUUUCUUCCUAGAGGUAACAAGGUUCUCUGUUUAGAUCUGUAAUGCUCUGCUGUGGGGUGGUUUUUGUUUCUAUUUUGCAUGUCUUUUCUGACAAAUAUAUGGCCCAUGGGAUUUUAUGGAAGAACAAGUUGUCCUUUCACCCAAAUUCUGUUUCCUCUCCCCACUCCUGCCAGAUAUAUAAUUCACAAAAAGGUUUUGUUAAAAUUAUUUAACAAAAUAGUUAUUUUAUUCUCCUAAAGUGUUCUGUACUGAACACUGAACAGUUCAUUUGAAGCCUGUCCAAUGAUGUACCCUUAGAGAGAGAAGUACCCCAAGACAUGCCCCUCACCCCUCGUAAAAAGAGCUUAUUGCUGUCACUGAGACCUGUGAGUGGCUGGUGCACAGCAGCUGUGGAUCCCUUAGACCUUCUGUAUGGUAUAGAGGGACUUUGUGAGUACAGACUGGGAAAUUAAUAUUACUUGAUAUAACAUAUACCAUAUGCAGUUAAAGUCAAAGUCCUUGCAUUCGCCGUAUGACCAUUUGCAGAAGAGCUCUCCACACAGAAUCCUGUCAUGUCUUUCAGGAAGUGUGGUGUGUUCAUUCUUAUAAAAGCCUUCAAAUCCAGACUGUGUUGUCUUCAUAAGUUUCAGGUCCUUAAUUCCAGCAAAGACAACCAGAGGACCUGUGAUUGAAAAUUACAAGAAAAUAUGAGCUUCUUUUCACACAAAGAAAGAAACCUUUGGGUGCAUACUUGCAUUGACAGCUCCAGUGCCAGAAAGCAGACAAUAACUUUCUGCAAACUGAUAUUGGCAGAAAGAAAUAUUUACAGAGAAGUAGGGGAUGCUGCCAAUUCUUUUCUCACCAUUCCGGCACUGCUCAGCCUCACAAAAGUGGAUCCCAUCAGGAACACAUAUGAAUGAGUGGAUGUGGGGAACGCCAUCCUGCAAUUUAGAGCAGACAUCUUGUCAACUGUCAUUUUGUUGCCCGAAGAAGCGGUCAGCAGUUUCCGGCGGCUCCCGGGAGCCCUUGCCCCGCUGUCCAUGCCUGCUGUGCCGGUUUCCCAGGCCGUGCCGGGUGCGCUCCCUGCUCCGUGGGCAGGAGCUGACAGCUCUCCAGCACAACUUCUCCUUUUACAGCCACCCGGGGCUCGCCCUGCGCAGCCGGGAAACCAAAAUGCCGGCGGGAUCUGCUUGGUGGCACCCUGCGCUGCUCUUAGCUCUCUCCUGCGUGCCCCUGUGGGCCGCUGAGAUUUCCUGCAGGAAUGAAGACGGGGAGACGGUGGAUUGGUUUGCUCUUUACAAGCUGCCGAAGCAUGCCAAAGGACAGAUUCCCAAGCUGGGACUGGAAUACCUGUACAUGGAUGCCCUGGCUCCACAGUGGCAGCUUGGUAAAUACCUCAUCAACAUGACCCAGAGUGCUCUAGGACAAACACUGCAGCAGCUCUAUGAGACAUAUGAAUCCAAGAGGAACACCACUGCAUAUGCGAUAUACAACGAUGAGGUGCCUGAGUCAGACUCCAAAGGGUCGAAAUGUGGACACACCAAAGGAUUUCUGCUCUUGGAUAAAUCACAAGGCUUCUGGGUGAUUCACAGUGUGCCCCUGUUCCCUCCCAUCCCUGAGGAUGGUUAUGGAUAUCCAUCUACUGGGGAGUCCUAUGGACAGACAGCCAUCUGUAUAACCUUCAAAUAUGAUCAGUUCACAGAAAUAGACCAACAGAUGCUGAGUUAUAAUCCAGGAAUCUACAGCUGUUCCAUCCCUGACAUCUUCCAAGCUGAUCUCCCAAAUCUCCAGAAACUCUGUGCAAAGUCCAGGCUGCCCUCAGCCCCCUUGCGCCACCUGGCCAAGCUCCAGUCAGCUCGUGGGGAAACCUUUCUCCACUUUGCAAAGUCACACUUUUUCAUAGAUGAUAUCUAUGUGGCCUGGAUGGCUCAGGAACUGAAGACUGAUUUGUUGGCUGAGUUCUGGCAGCGUUCUGGUGAAAAACUGUACUCAAAUUGCUCUCUUGACUACCAUGUCUACAACAUAGACAUGAUAGGAAUGCCAUUGAACUCUACCUUUCAUUCCAUUAAUGAUCAUUCCAAAUGGGCUGUUUCAAGGAAGUACAAAGAUCAGUGGACAUGCAUUGGGGACUUGAACCGUGCUGCUGAGCAAGCUUGGAGAAGUGGUGGGUUCAUCUGUACCCAGAACGAACAGAUCUACAAAGCCUUCAGGCAUUUGGUAAUCCACUAUGAAAGCUGCACUUCUGCUCCCAGAGAGCUGUAGCAAACCAUUCCUCCCAACCAGCACAGCCCUUGUUAUGUGGGAAGUGUAGGAAAUCUCUCUCUCUCUGAACUGUAUUUUCACUCUGAAAAGCAGCCCUGUGAGUUUCCAGAUGUGCUAGGCCAUCCCCUUGUAAGCUGUAGGAGCAGGUGCUGUGCAGGUGAAGGGCAGCUGUGGUGUGGGGCCCUCAGGGGGUGUGUGCUGGGCCCUGCUCCACUCCCUGGCUCCUGUCACCAUCCGGGAUGGGAUGGGAUGGGAUGGGAUGGG